CAGCGAAGCACGUGGUCUCACCUCCCUCUCUCGCCUAUCCCCCUCCGCUUCUACCUUGGCGAACAUCAUCCUAGUUUACUUUCAAAGCAAAACAGGCAAGCUCUCCGACUGAGCUGGAUCCCGUGGCGUUACCCGAAAUAAAACGGCCCGUCUCCGCCUUCCUUUCUUCGUUACGUUUUCGUUGUUUUUUUUUUUUAACUUUUCAUCGUGCCGUUGCGACGACUCCUAACGCGUGGAUGACGAUACAGAUGACGACUCCAGGCAACAGCGUUUCAUUGUAACCAUGUUCGCGGAUUCGAGAUGCGACGUGUUCUACGGAGUCCACGGCAUCAGCCGGUCCCGCGGUGUACUAAGAACUGCGCAGAACACCACGUGAAGCAAAGAACAGUGGAGCAUCGCUGGAAAGCUCUAGAGUGCAAGACGACUUCAGGUUUUGAUUCGGGAGCUGCGCAGCUGGAGGUGAAGACUGUGGUUUAUUUGGCUGUCCUGCGCACCUCACGGCAGCCUUCGGCAGGAUGAAAGAGCAGAAUGCACCCACCUUGGUUAAGAAACGUGUUGCUGUCUUGUAUGUCUGCGAGAGGAAUGGAAGUGCACCGUGGUCGUCUGUGUGCGGUGUGUGUGUGCGAAGGAGGCCUCGGGUUCCCGAGAUGUGUGUGUUGGGCCGCUGCGCGUGAAGAUUGUGAGGAUUUCAUGUAGGAUUUCGCGUGUUCGUGGCUCCUUUGUUCAACCGCUGUGAGGAUGCACGGCCACGCGCUUUCCUGGCGAGGUCGUCUACUGCUCAGAGUUUUUCCGCUACUGGUAUACGUCCUCCCCGCGAAUGCCGCAGCUUGGCAGCAAGGUGACGCGUCUGCAGAUCUCGGAGGCAGCGCCGAACCGUGCGACUUCCAUGCCCUGUGUACCUGCGACCGCUCGAAAGCGUACUGCCGGGGAGUCCCCUUGACGGCGCUUCCGGAAACGAGGGGGUACUCUCACGUGGCCAUCCAGGGUUGCACGUCACUGAGUGUACUCAAGAACGCUUCCUCUCUGCGUCCCAGUGACGUCAUUUCACUCCAACUAAACGACAACCAGCUGAACCGAAUCGAACGCGGGGCAUUUGCAGGCGUGCCGAACUUGACGAACCUGGAUCUGAGCAGAAACCGAUUGACGCAAUUUCCGGCAGGGGCGCUGCUCACGCUGACUCGUCUCCAGCGACUGGACCUGAGGUUCAACAGCAUCGGCGAACUGGACGCGGCGGAACUGACGCAACUGGCACGCAACCUCGUCAGCCUGAGGAGCCUUCAUCUUUCCGGCAACGCCAUAACCUCAGUCCGUGACGUCACGUUCUUGGCUUUCGGCAACCUGACCAUACUAGACCUGGACAACAACGACAUCCUCAAGAUCGAGGGCAGCCCGUUCCCGCCGUCGUUAGUGAGGCUCAACCUGACAGGGAACCUCUUGGAACAGGUUCCGGGAGUUGCACUAGACCAACUCAGAAACCUUUCCUACUUGUUUCUGGAUGAUAACGCGAUUCAGCGCCUGGAUCCCAACUGGACCCUCCCAACGGAUCACCUGGACACGUUGAACCUCGCGCGAAACGUCGUCUCCCAGCUAUCCUCGAGAAUGUUCCAGAGCAAGAAGAGAGUCACGGUCCGCCAUUUUGUACUGGCCGACAACUACCUCCGCUAUCUACCGCCAAACCUGUUCAGGACGUUGGCGCCAAGGCAUGUUUCCUUCUCGGUAAACCAUCUCGAGUCCCUGCCCGAAGCACUGUUUCAGGGACUAGAUGACGUCGUUGUUCACUUGGACCUGGCGCACAACAAAGUCCGCAAAUUUCCCCGCGCUAUCGCGAAGCUCCGAAGGCUGCAGACGCUGAACCUGCGCGACAACCGGGUGUCAGAGUUGGGCGAGUACGAUCUCUUUACGUGCAGGGUCAGCUUACGCGUGCUGGACAUUUCGAGCAACGAUUUCGACGCGGUCCCUCACGUCGCGCUCAAAUUCCUGUCGCGGCUGAAGUCGUUGAACAUGGCUGACAACGUCUUAACGUCCGUGGAAACGCAAGACUUCAAGCACGGUCUAGACGGGCUUCUGUCGUUAGAUCUCAGCGGGAACAGGAUAUCGCACAUCGAGCAAAACGCCUUCGCCACGCUUUCGAAUUUGGCAAACCUGCGCCUCUUGUACAAUCCUAUAACAAAGAUAAACUCUAAUUGGUUCCCCAAGGGAUGCCUGAACCUAAAAGCCAUCGAUGUAUCCGGAACACGGCUUGAACCAGACACGGUAAACAGCUUCCUUCAAUCGUGCCAAAGAAUUAACAGCCUCGACGCAACUUACGCUGGGCUACCUAAUUUGGAACUGACAGCACUGAACCAAAUGAGUGAGCUUAUCGCGCUCAAUUUGAUGCACAAUGAUUGGCGUUAUAUUUCAAAGGAUUCCCUGAACGGCACCGUUCAACAAAAGUUGACUACAAUUAAGAUUAACCAAAACCGCAUCAAGGAGAUAGAGCCACGCACGUUCAGUGAUUUAACGCGCCUGCAAGCCAUCGACUUGUCCGCGAACGAAGUCGCUCGCCUGGAAACAAAGACGUUUAAUAACUUGCCUAACCUCACGAAGUUGCACUUGUGUCGCAACAAGAUUUCGGUGAUCGACUCGGGCGCGUUAACCGACCUCCCUCAACUCAGGGACAUCGACCUUAGUUUCAACAAGCUGUCCGAGUUUAACGUGCAGUUUAUCGUCAACCGUGAAACGCACAAUCCGCUCCGACUAAACCUUUCGCACAACCAAAUAAGCCACCUCAAGCUGCGCGACGGAGCUGCAGACGUCAUCCUCAACGUCACUUCCCUGGACCUCAGCCACAACAUCAUCGAGAGCGUAGCGCGCCACUUCUUCUGGACGACGCGACACAGCCUGACGUCUCUCAACCUGUCCCACAACUUCCUGUCAACCGUGUCGGUCGAAGUGGCGUCGGAGCUACCACGUGUCAGGGUUCUCGACCUGAGCCACAACCGCAUCGCUCAACUCUCGCCCAGGUCCUUUCAGGCGUCCUCCCAGAUCCACGUGCUACUGCUGAGUCACAACCGGCUAUCCUCUCUCCCCGAAGAGGCCUUCUCGAGGAUGGCUCGCCUUCAGGUCUUGGCCCUCGACGACAACCGCAUCGCGGCGCUCCCGGACGACGCCUUCGAAGAGACGCCCCUCAUCCAGGUCUCCCUGUCGCACAACUCGCUACCGAGGCCCUUCACCAAGGCGUCCGCGCCUGCUCGAGCCACCCUGACGCACUUGGACCUGUCGCACAACCGGAUUAAGCUGAUCGCAGCGACCGAGUUCGAUCACCUUUCGAACCUCGAGCACCUGAACCUUUCGUCCAACGAGAUACUGAUCCUACCGGGCCAGGUCUUCGCGAACCUCAGCCGCCUAGUGGUCUUGGACGUGUCUCGAAAUCCACUACUUCGUGUGGAACCCGGGUCUCUGGACCUGCCCGUAACAGCACUGGCCCUAGACGACUGCAACCUCACCUCCGUGCCGGACGUGAACGCGCCGAACAUCAUUGAACUGUCGCUCGGCUCAAACGCAAUCGUAAACGUAUCGGCGGCUGCGUUCGCUAAUCUGGGCAGGCUCAGGAAGCUCAAUCUGUCUUCGAACCGCGUGCGGUACAUAGACCCCGGGCUAUGGGUGCACGUGAGUGACUUGCGUAGGCUGGACGUUUCCAAAAAUCCCGUCAGAGAGCUCGGAAGUGGGAGCUUCAAGCUGCUCAGCGCUCUCCAUCACCUGGACAUCACGGACCUGAAGCUGGCCUUUCUGGAUGCUCGCACGCUGGAACCUCUCAGGUGCCUACGCAGUGUCAGGACAAACACGUACUCCAGCGCGAGGGCUUUUCGCCUCCAAGAGAUGCUGUUUCAGGCAAAGGCUCUACAAGUGCUCGCUGUGCACGUGGACGAGGCGACCCUCUCCUACCAAAUCCAGUGGGCCUUCAGCAAGAAGAUCAGAGAGCUGAGCGUGAGCGGGUCCGAGCUGCGCUCGGUGGCGGCCGACGCGUUCGAGGGUCUUCACCCGCACGGUCCCUUCACGCUCCGGGUGCGAGAGUGCCCUCUGCUGGAGACGCUGCCGGCCGCACUCCUGCAGAGGUGGGCCGAGUUGCCCCGGCUCAGCGUCGACCUGUCGGACAACGCCGCUCUCUCGUCGUUCGUGGCGGAAGACGAAGAAGAGGCGGCUCUCGAAGCGCGCGCCGAUGGCACCGCUCAGGAACAACGGCUCUCGCACUACGUCAGCAGCUCUUUCUCGCUACAAGGCACCCCAUGGUCUUGCGACUGCCGCCUGUUGUGGUUCCAGCGACGCCUGCUGAGACAGCGGCGACAACAGUCCAAAUCGCCGGAGGCAGGCUACAACGCCGAACCGCGAUGCACCGUUCCGGGAGCUAGCGACUGGACUGUGGUCAUCAGCGAGCUCCGGCCCGACACGCCUUACUGCGCAGGGGACGCGAGCAGUCGAGGAAACGUGGUGGCUACCGACGUUCCCGCUGUGUACUGCAUCAUCGUGGUUUUCGCGGCGCUGCAUUCGUUCUGUCUGAGCGUGUACUGAACGUGC